UUUUACUUGUAGUGUCUGCAUCAAGUCUGGAAGCAAGGGCUCAAUUUUAACAGAAUCCACCUUAAAAUCUCUCCCUUAACUUAUUCCUACCGUCCACCAUUUUGAGCGAGAAUAUCACACAACAAGGGGGGAAAUAAAGACGCCUCUGGAAAAACCCGGGUGUUAAUAGGACAAUAUCUGUUCGCGGUGGAGAGAGGAGAGAGACAACAGCAGAGCGAGAGAGAGAAAACCGAUUUGGUCUUGAGAGAGAGAGAGGGGGUGAGUGCUCUCAAGGCAGAAAAUUCGAUGAUGACCAUGACUACGAUGGCUGACGGUCUGGAGGCUCAGGACUCGUCCAAGUCUGCUUUCAUGGAGUUUGGGCAGCAGUCGCACUCACAGCAGAGCUCCCCGUCGAUGGCCGGCGGCCACUACCCGCUGCACUGUCUCCACUCCGGCUCGCACGCUCACCACCAGCACGACAACACCGCGUACACCGGGACCAACACCUACAACAGGUCGUUACCCUACCCCUACGUGAGCCACCCGCACCACAGCCCGUACCUGCCGUCCUAUCACAACAACACGGGAGGACAGACAAGGUUAGACAGCACAGAGCAGAAAACGACGGUGAUUGAAAAUGGGGAAAUUCGUUUUAAUGGGAAAGGCAAGAAGAUUCGCAAGCCCCGGACAAUUUAUUCCAGUUUGCAGCUUCAAGCGCUGAACCACCGUUUCCAGCAGACACAGUACCUCGCUUUACCGGAGCGCGCCGAGCUGGCUGCCUCUUUAGGACUGACACAAACCCAGGUAAAGAUUUGGUUCCAGAAUAAGAGGUCAAAGUUCAAGAAACUGCUCAAGCAAGGCGUCAACCCGCACGAGAGCGACCCUAUUCCGGGCUCCAUGUCCCUCUCCCCGCGCUCCCCGACCAUCCCUCCGAUAUGGGACGUCUCGGCCUCUUCCAAAGGAGUAAACAUGCCGGCCAACAGCUACAUGCCCGGCUACUCUCACUGGUAUUCCUCCCCGCAUCAAGACUCGAUGCAGAGAUAGACUGACGAGACAAGGGGACGCUCGGUGAGCUGUCUGGAGGCCUCCGGAUCUCCGCCAUGCAGUUUUCAACGUAGCCUACAAUUUGUGUCAGCGCAGAGGCUGGAUGCUGGAGAGGAGAAGGACCCCUCGGCUGCUCCUCUGCUGAAGGAUAAAAAAAACCGCAGCAAAGCCUCGGUGUGAUGACACAAACAAGGGGACUAACCAUUUUUUUAAAGCGUACAUGGCUGUUCAAUGGGCUCGCAUAUUUGUUAUGCUUUCAUUCAUGUCAACAUCUUGAAAGUCAAUAUACCAAAUAUUAUCAGUGACAUUUCCGCCACUUUGGGGCAAAGACUGCGUACACCCUCCAUGCGCGGUGGCGCACAGAGCCCGUCGCCAUGGGGGCGACUCCUGACUGCUUUUUUUUUUGGGUUGUUUCUCCAACAUGCAAAACCAAGCAAAUUGUCUGUCUGUAAAUAUAUUCUGCGAUUUGAGUUGUACAUACACUUUUUAUGUUUUUGUCAGAUUGAGUAAACCGUGACUCAAAACAGAUGGCUGCUGUUGCAUGAUUUCAUAAAUUCAUUUGAAA